AUGAAGCGUAGUAAUACAGGGAAAUACUGCCCAAUGGGCGUCGUGGACUGCAGGAUGGUCAGCGUCGUCACGGUACUACCAUGUGGUCGCGAUGAACGUGGAUGGGAUGGAGCAACGGCCGUGGCAACCGGGGAGCGUGGGCCGCCGGAAAUUGCCAUCUCGGGCAUAGAGGGGGCGCAUUCGGCGCGGGAUGAUCUUAGCUCUGGGCUGCCCUCGAGUCUGCGACUGGGGGAGUGGAUUCGCAGUGGGGCUUUGGGCAGGCCUGUUGCUGCAGGCCCUCGGUCGCGUCUGCACAUGUGCCCUGCGCUAAGCGGGGCCUUGAUGCAAGCCACCGCACCCGAUUCACCGCACCACGCAUGGGGGGACGAGGGCGGAGGCGACGCCAGACGCGUAGUACCGUUGCUGGCGGAGAUUUGGUUCACACGACGGCCACCAGCGAUGCUAGCGGGCGGCAGCAGUGGAUUUGGGCCUCUUGCGCUAUUGUACGCUGCGCGCCCAAGCCCGUCACUGCCGCCGCGGGUGGUAGUGGUGGUGAAGGCGGGCGUGGGACUGGGCGUGGGAGUCAGUCGCGGGAGCAGAUGUGGACGUGGUAUUGGUGGUGGUGGUGAUGAUGAUGGGUGGAGAGCAGUGUCCCCCAACGUCGACGGCCAAAGCACCGCAGCACCAGCGCCAGUGCCAGUGCAAAUGCCAGGGAGAAAUGCCGGGGACAACCCACGGGCUGCUCCCCUAGCACCGCACGGCCGCCGCGCCGCGAAUCAGCUUCACGCCGUGCACUCGCAGGGCAUGGGGAGCGACGCCGCCGCCCGCCAACGCUCCUUGACCCUGGCCAAGCACCCCUGCACCACUGACAGUCCACCCCUGUCCUGCUAUUCAUGA